AUGUCAGGAAUCUUCAGCAACCGCCUCAAGCUUCCGCUCCAUCUUGUGGAGCUGUUCUUGAUCAUCGCAGUCCUGAUCUUGUCAGUCGUGCGAAUGCUGAAGCAGCCAGCCAAUGCCCCAAGGGGACGAUCAAACACCAUGGCACUGGGAAUGAGUGCAAAGUCCCUUAUCAUUUUGUUGUACCAGCUAUUAUCAGAACACGUACAUGCAUUCAAGAAGUGGUCUAGCCUUAAAGCCUACGUUAUCCUAAAUGCGCUUGAGAUUGUUUUCUGGGGUGCAGUGGUGUUCAUGAUGAUACAAGCAAACAUCAACUUCUGCGAGGGCUUCACUUGUACGCUGAGCUGGAUUGUAGUCGUUCUCGGCAUACUCAUGAGCACGAUCGCGUUCUACUUGACUAUCAUCACCUGGUUGGACUUCAGGCACUUCCGUGCAAGCGGAACCCACCGCGGCCGACACCCUCAAGCAAACCAUGCAAAGGUGCCGUCAACUGACAGCAUUGUGAUGAAUGAGGAAUUGCUGCAUGAGCGACGAUAUGCGCAUCCCCAGGUGUCCCCUCCAGUCUAUCAGUCAGGGGGUGGUUAUCAUCCUGGGGGCGCCUAUGCUUCUCGCUCCCCGUCCCCGUGGCGACAAAGUGAUUAA